UCACAUGGUACACCGACGUCACGGUCACAUGACUGUGAUGUCAUUAAGGUCCUGGCAAUGGAUAGGAACUAGACACUACCGAAUGAUAAUAUUUACAAUAGUUUGCUGGGCACGGUGAUUGAGAGACGCUGCUUGUGGAUGGUCACCAGAGACCAGUACAAAUCCAUAGUCUGUUUAGUAGGAAGACUUUUUGAGCACAUGGAAGCCUGACAGGUAGCAGACAGCAGUGCCUGUGCUACAGAAAGACACAGUGCGACACGGGUGUGCAAGACAAAAUUCCAGCUGCCUAGCAACCACAGAGAGCAACGGGGCCAUUAGCCGGAGUGUCCAUAAGCUCCUCUUGGUUCGCGGUGGGACACGUUAAGCUGUGAGUGAAGGCGGGGAGUGAGGGGAGGAUUGGCAGUAAUGUACAUGCGUCUGUAUGGUAGAAAUACAUUAACUUGAUAUACUGCACAUCUGCAUCAGUGAGAAGGAAUUGACAGGAAAUGAUCAUUAGUACAGAGAUCAUGUAGCUUCAAGUGACAUCAGGGCUCAGCAGGCAGGAUCCUCUAAGAAUUUCCAUUAAAAAAAGCAACUGACCAAGCCGUUGCCUAUUCUUUGGGGAACUGAACAGGAUAACUGUGGAAUACCUUAAUAAGCUGAGAAUGACCCCUACCACAAUCAGGGAUCCUGUCUUGUGCCCAGACAGCAAUAUAGGCCUUGUGUGUUUGCCUCCCAUGUCUGAUGACCUGCAGCUCAUCUGGACUCAGGCAGAGCUGACCAAUGAACUAGAUGAACACCAACAGCUACUGCACACCUUCAGUUACUUUCCUUAUCCUAGCAUGCCUGAGAUUGCUUUGCUGUGCCUGCGCUAUGGACUACAAAUGGAGAAGGUCAAGACCUGGUUUAUGGUACAGCGGAUCCGCUGUGGUAUUAGCUGGUCAUCGGAGGAAAUUGAAGAGACACGUUCACGCCUACUAUACAAUCAAGACCAGCUGCAUUUUGAACCUUUGGUUGCAUUUGCCAAAAAAUCUAGUAUAUUUCGGACACCUGAAAAAUUAAAAGUUCCUUCUCCAAAGAAUGAUGAAAUGCAAGAAAUGACCACUUCACAAACUUCACCAUGCUUAGAUCAUCCUGUACCAAAAGCUAAAAGGAUCAAGACAGAGUGCAUGACUCCAGAGAGUGAAACUUUAAACGCUACUAAGCACAAGAUGCAUAGCUCAGAUAGGAAAUGGGAUCCAUCAGAAACACAACAGGAGCUUAGACACUCCCCAAGUGUUCCUGGUGAUGGGCAGAUGUUUGGAGUAGAUGGGACAGAAGUUAGCACAGCAACUGCAUGCCUUCCAUCUGAGGAGGAGCUGUUUAGAAGAGGGUCAACUUCAUUCUGCAAACCAGAAGGGUUUUCACCAUUGCAGGAUAAUUGUUUUCAAGAGCAGAGUAGGGGAUCUGCUAGAGGAGACUCCUAUAUGCCAGUCACAAGGAGACAGAGGAAAACCAAAGAACAGCUAGCAAUUCUCAAGUCUUUUUUUGUGAAAUGUCAGUGGGCUGCCCGGGAAGACUACAAAAAGCUAGCCGAAAUAACGGGAUUACCAAGAACUGAGAUCAUACAGUGGUUUGGGGAUACCCGUUAUGCACUUAAACAUGGACAACUAAAAUGGUUCCGGGAGAGUGCUCAGGAACACCCUUCCUGGUUAGAUGAACCUCAAUAUGUCAUUUUUCAAAAUGGAAAGCAAAGUGAGUCAAUGCCUCAAGAAAAUCAUUUAUUAAUACCAGUGACUGGAGAGCCAGGAGCAAACAACAGAAGUACAGUCCAGUCCAUCAAGAAUACAGGUCCUAGGGGGUUCGGGGGAUCACCUGUAACCCAGAAAACUGCAGCAAUACGUAGUAUAAACUCAGUAAAAUUCUUGGAAAAUUCACCAGAAAUUAAGGAUGGUAAGCGGGGAGCUUCUUCAGGACCAGUCUUACAAAAGAGUCCAAAGACAGUUCUGCUGGAUGAUUCAGGUGCAGGCGUUCAGUAUAUAGACGCUUCUGGUUCUGAAUACCAUUUGCCACCUAAAAGUUUGCAGACUAUGAAGAAGAAUCUAUCCUCCCCCUCUCAUGUUCAGACAUCUAGUCAAAAGGUGAAAUAUUAUGUGUUAGAAAAAUCCAAUGAACCAGCUGAGGUAGAAGUGUUACUUGAUGUUGAAGAGGAGGGUUAUGUUGUGGAAGUUAUUGAGGGUGAAGAAGAUGAUGAUGUGAUUAUUCAAGACUAAUUGUUCCGUUGCUUUUAAGUAAUGCUGACUGCAUACUGUUCCAUGGGUGUUACAUGCUAUAAAUCGACUAGCAUGAUUGCAAUUAAUAGGAUUCACGGUACAUUAGUUUAUUUUCUUACCUAAUUUCUAUGGUAACCGAGUCCUAUUUAGAGUAAUGGCAGCAUGCACUUGGUAUAGCUAAAUGUAGAACUGACUAUAAAAAGGCCCUUUACACUGAGUUGUAAUCUUUUAAUUUGGGAAACUAAAGACGUUAUGGGGGAGGAAAUUGAGAUUUUUACUCUUCUGAACCUCAUUUCAGUUUGGCAUUUGCUACGUUUUUAGAAACUGUUAGUAAACUUACAUCGAGGAAAUUGUCUCUUCAUACCGUUACUUUUUAAGCAGUUUUAGCAGCUGUGGCUAAGGUGGGGGGUGUAUUUUAUUCAGAGUUUUAAAAAAAAUGCAUGCUUAUGUAAAGCAAACAAUCAUUUUAUGGAGUAAAAGCAGGGAUGUAAACUGAUGUCUUCCCUUUUUAUACUUAAAGCAAUUUAAAUACAUUUUAGUCAUAUUUAAAAAGAGAAUUACAUUUUAUAGACCAGUUUUGUAAUUCAUCUCAUGUUCAUAUUAUUGGCACAAACUGAUUUUCUGUGAUCCAUAUUCAUAUUGCUGUAUGUCAGAGCAGAGAUUUGUGUGAAAGCAAUCUUAUGGCCAGCUACAGGUUUUUUGAAAGUAAAGGUGUCCAAAGCCAAAGAUGUCCAAAGUCUUCUGUUGCAGAAAUGAAACUAAAAGUGAGAUAGAAGCCAAGAUCUAAAGUGGGAGAGGGAGAGCCAGUCAUUUCUGUAUUUAUUUUCUAAAGGGGAACAGCCCAAGUAAAGAUGAGGAGUGGUGGAAUAGCAAAGGGCUAAACCACAUGGGAAGUUUUUGCAGGAGAAAACUGCAGGAAAACCUUUUUUGAAAUAUGGAAUUGAGAAAAAUGAUAGUUGUAAUGCAUAGCAUAGCUGGCUGCAUUUUAACUGAUACAGGAUUGGACAGAUAUGCUGCAUACUGCAUAAUGCAUUCAGAAUGCGAUAACAUGCAACUUUUGCUGAUGUUGCCUGUGGUGUUUUUAUAUAGAAAAGGGGAAGGUGUAAGUGAAUAGAACAUUUGGUGCCAUGGGAAGAACCCAUUUGGAAAGGAUUGUGGGAAUGUAACUGGCAGAGAUGGGUGGAAACUCAUGCACCACCACUGAACUUUAAAGGGUAAUGCAGAAUUGGAAAUAUAGUUUGCAGCUGUAUAUUAUGGAAAUAAUUAUUUUGAAUCUCGCAUUUUAGUUAAACUGAUUAAUACCCUACCUUAUAGAAGAAAGGCAGAUUUGCCAUUGAAGGAUACUUUUAUUAUAACAAGGCUUUUAACUAAGUCUGUUUGUGAAAUUGUGGUAUUGGUGGAGAAAACAUGGUAUUUACUUUGCUUCUGAACAGACUGUAUUCCCUGCUACUCAGGUGUCUGUAUCUACAGCCAAAAAUAAAAGCAGUCCUGCCAGACUCCCACUGGGUUCAGUAUUUCACAACAAUUUCCCUGGGCCCCUGCCCAUUCUAAAAUGCUGAGAGUUUCCAUUGUUUACAUUUAUACUGCCUAUAGGCCUUAAAAUAUUAGAGUAAACAAGUAAGUGAAGCAAAAAAAAAAAACUGCUACUAUAUUAAAAUUUCAAUGUAUGAAAAGAACAUUAGAGCAGGACAUUUGCAUUUUUUAAAAAUAUGAUUGUAAAAAGAGUAAAUAACUUACCUUGCCCUCUUGAAGGGCAUAAAUAAGUGCAUCCUAUAAUGUCUGAAAGAGCAACGUGGAUGUAUGAAGGAACUUCAGUAUUGUGUGCAGUGUUUAAAGGGGUUAGGGCUAAUCCUAAACUAUUGUUGUAUACUGUUUUGGACUAUAUUAUGGUGGUUAUGGAAGAUACGUUCACAAUAGACCAGCAGUACCUCUGACAUUAUAUUAUCUUUUAUUUCUCUGUGCAGUCUGUGAUUGAUUAAUGUAUAGAAAAAGACUAGUUCCAUAGUCCCCUAGUACUGCCAUGACACCUUGUUCCUACACUUUGCAGCAUAUUUAAAGAAAAUAACAUAAAAAGGUUUAAACUCUUUGAGGAAACUAACACAUUAGAUACAGAUUAAAGCAAAUUGUUAAUGAGAAGAGAUGGUGUGUUCCUGCACUGGUGUAGCAACUCUGUGCAAAAGAAAGCCAAACCCUCAUAACUUACUUGGCUGCUUAAAUUCCUUGAAGUAGCCACUCCUGAGCCAGUUGUACAGAAGAUUAACACUGCAGAGUAUCAAAGAAUGUGUAUACCUUUGUUUAUAAAGGUUGUUUUGUGAAAGGGAUUCUGUUUUGUACACACUCACUGUGUUGGGAACACCUCUUGCAAUUUACAGUAGUCAGUACCUUUCCUGUUUGGCAAACUGGCAGCAGCCACAGCAUUCCUUGUUAAUAGUUCUUAUCUAAACAAUAAUGAAAAUCCACACAUUUUAUUCAAAUAUUGGCAUGCAUAGAUGAGCAAUUCUUGGUUUGUAUUGAGUGCAUAGCAGCUACAGAGUGUAUGCCAGUGUCCCCUUGUAUACUAAUGUUGUAUGCUGUGUGUGGGUGGGAUGUUCUUUUGUACCCAAUUUUUAAAAAUGCUUGUCGAGGGACCAGUGUGCAUCUCUAAGCCAAUUGUGAAUUUAUAUAUAUGCAUGCCAUAUUUUCUGAAGGAUCCACAAUUGGCCCUAACAAUAAGCAGUGUCAUAACCUGUGCAGGAGCACACUGACCUAUACACUCAAUUCUAAGUACAGCCAAUUACAUUUGGAACACAACUUUGUGUGUCAUAUGCAAGAAUUCUCUAGCUGGAUCUAACAAACAUACAAUAUAUUCCUCUUCACUAAAUACAUGGGAGAUUUUGAUCAGAUUCCGUGGGUCCAAUUUUAUCAUAAAAUUUUGUAGGAUCCUACAGACUCUGAUUCCCACAGUUGCAACUUAAAGCUGGCCAUACACUAUAAGAUCUGACAUUUGGCAAGGUCACCAAAGUAGUGGAUCUUUAUGCUGACAGGAGAACAAGUUGCAGUCCUGUUUCUGAACAAGGACUGCAUCAAUGAGCCAAUGCAGCCCUCAAUCCGACAAUAAAAUCAAACCAGCCCAAUCAACAUCUGGCUGAUUUUGGACCAAAUGUCAGUCGGGGAGCCUCAUACGCAGCUUAAAUUUGUCCAAACAUAAGUCAGAUGAGAUAAAAGUCAGAUAGAGUGCUUUUAAUAAGAAAAAAAGUGUUUCAGACACCAUCAGGUUUUAUCUUGCUAGAAAAGCUUUCUAUUUUAACCACACCCACAUCAUGUAUCAACCAUUACUAAUUAUCAUCUUUCCACCCCUACCUGCUCUAUGAAUGUGGGAGGCUCCCUGACAAUUUGAGUGGGUAAACAGCUCUAAAUAAGUGAAUAGAUCUGCUUUGUGUUGACCACAUAUUGAAAUGCAUUUCUGUACAUGCCUUAAAAGGCAGCAACUAGCUGCCCAAAGUAACUAACCAAUGACCCACGUAUUUCAGCAAUAAAAAUACUAGCUCUAGUUACUUCAA